AAGAAAAAAAACUGCACUUGAGUCCUUCGGUGAUAGACGGGACUUCAAGGGUUAACGGAGCUUUCUUUCGCCGUUUCCAGAAAUCCCUUCCUUCUUCCGAUCUUCCUACUAUCCACCGCAACACCAGACGACAGCUACCUCUCUACCAAAACCAGAAGUCCGGUGCCUUCCAGGUUGCCUACUAUCCAUCGCAACUAGACAGUGGCUUCUUCUCUCCAUCGCAACGGACGAGACCUAAUCGCGGAAGAGCUCGAGUAACUUCGCCGUUUCAAUUGAGUUUAGCGGCAACAGCGGAUUCAGUCCAGGGAGGGAAUUAAGGAAACCUAGCUGCCAGAGCAUAAUUGCGGAAGAGGAAUUUAGCCGCCCAAUCAAUUGAAAUUUUCGUGCAUUUGAAGUUAAGGGAGUUAAGGGAGCUGACAGGUCUGGGUUUUACAUAGAAGAAAGUUUUGAUAUUGACAAUUUUCUUUCCAGUUAAGGGAGUUAAGGGAGCUGACAGGACCUUUUUCUAGCCAUUCCAAAAAUGUCAAAGCAUUGUGAAGAAGUCCAAGUCAAUUUUAAUGAAGAGGUAGGUAAAAGUCUGAAUGAUGGUGAAGGGCUGAUAGCAGAGGGUUAUAUAAAAAUAUCUGAUUUGACACCUGCUGAUAUUAAGAGGCUCGAAUUUGAUUCAGAGGAUGAAGUUUAUGACUUUUAUUCUUGUUAUGCCCAAAUUAAUGGCUUUUCUGUUAGAAGAGAUGAUGUGCGUCGUGAGUCAAAUAAUAAUAUUAUAAUGAGAAAUUUGGUUUGCAAUCGUGAGGGAUUGAGAAGUAAGAAGCACGUAGAAAGGAAUGAUCGUGUUAGGGAGCCAAAGCCUAUCACGCGUACCAACUGUAUGGCACGACUUCGCGCAGAGUUCGAUAAUCAUACAAGAAAGUGGCUGAUUAUUGAUUUCGAUGAUACUCACAAUCAUGAAAUGACUCCAUCACAGCAUGUUCAUUUAAUGCCAGCUUACAGAAGCAUUAGCGACGGCAUUAAAGCACAGGUAGAUAGUUUACGGUUGCAUGGAGUUAGAACUUGUCAUAUCAUGGGGCUGAUUAUUGGUCAAAAGGGUGGGCACGCCGAUGUUGGGUUCUGCAAGAAGGAUUUGUACAAUUACAUUGAUCAGCAAAAGAGAGCUAAGAUAAAUGAUGGCGAUGCAUUUGCUGCAUUAUCUUAUCUCCAAGCCAAAGCAGACAAUGAUAGUUUCAUGUUUUCCAAGUUCACAACCACAGAAGAGGGGAGGCUCGACAACUUGUUUUGGUCGGAUGGUGUAAGCAGGCUUGAUUACCAUUGCUUUGGAGAUGUUGUUGCUUUUGACACUACGCACAAAAAGAACAAGUAUAACAAGCCUUUGGUUAUUUUUUCUGGGUACAAUCAUCACGGCGAAACAGUUAUCUUUGCAUGUGCCUUAGUAUCCGAUGAGAAGACAGAAACAUACAAGUGGGUUCUGGAAACUUUUUGUGAAUGCAUGUUUGGUAAGCAUCCUAAGGCGGUUGUCACCGAUGGAGAUGGUGCGAUGCGUGAAGCGAUUCGGGCAGUGCUCCGAAGCUCCUUUCAUAGACUUUGUUCUUGGCGUCUUCACAAAAAUGCAUUUGAUAACGUUAAGAACUCACGUUUUCUAGAAGAUCUUAAUCCUCUAAUUUAUGGUAACUUUAGCCCUGAUGAUUUUGAAAGCAGGUGGAAGAAGACGGUUGAUGAACAUGGAGUCGCCAACAACAACUGGGUUAAGAAAGUUUAUGACAUGAAGAUGAUGUGGGCAAGUGCAUAUAUGCGUGACAAGUUUUUUGCCGGUAUUCGAACAACCUCCAUCUGUGAAGGAAUUAAUUCAUUCAUUAAGCGGUAUGUUCAUAACAAAAACAGCCUUGUGGAUUUUAUGCAUAAUUUUGAAAGAGCCGUAAAGGAGUAUAGACACAACGAAUUAAUUUCAGAUUUUAAAUCCUUGUAUACCGACCCUUUGUUGACCACUCCUCUACACGCCUAUGAGUCAUGGGCUAUCUCUGCUGCAUGUAACAGGCUGUAUAGAGCGGCCUGUAAAAAAUCAUCGCUUUAUUCUGAGUUCAUUGCAGAUAUCGAGAAUUUGAUAGAUAAAUUUGAAAAGCGCUGUGGUGAUGCACUUAAUCAGAAUAAUGACUCUAAGGUUCGUGAUCCAACAAUUGUGAAGACUAAAGGUGCUCCUCGUAAGGACAGAAAUACUAGAAAGAGGAGAAUAUGUGGACAUUGUAAGCGACAUGGUCAUACGAAACGCAAGUGUCCUACAUUGAGCAAUCGUGAUCAAUUACAUGUGCUUGAGGAGGAGGAGGUGGAGGGCAACGACGAGUCAUCUGAGCAAUCUGAUGAUACCCGCACCACUAAUAAUGGCAAUGCUCGUAUGCUUGGAAGUAAAGGAAAGAAAAAUAAAAAGAAGAGGAAAAACACAGAAGAUCCUGCUAAAUGUGCAAACACCAAUAAUGAUGCUGAUAGAGGGAAUAAUAGUCAUAUCAAUUUACCAGUGACUAAUGCUAAUGAUGAAUUUGCAAAUGGCAUAAUGCUUGCACAAGAUCGUCAUCACCAAGGAGGACAUAUACAAAUGCCCGGUUAUAACAACAUACCAAUGCAUCAUACUCAUUACAAUGGUUAUAUGACAUCCAAUUGGCAAUUUUAUCCUCAAUAUCCGGCUCAGCCUGCUGCAAUGUUUCAUGCACACACAUAUGGAGGAUUGCAUCAGGGAUAUCCAUACCAUGGAUAUCAUAAUUCGUUUGUGAGUACUCUAAAGGAGGUUGAAAGAAAUGCAAAAGAUGGAAUACAGAAUGGAAAAGGAGUUUGAAUCCAUUCUACAUGUCGGGGCUACUGAUUCAGUGGUUCUUUAACUGCAACCCGGUAUUCAAUUGAUGCUUUGAAUCUUUCAACUGUCACCAACUGGCAUCCUUGGUAUGACAAUCAAAAGUCCACAGGAUAUGUUGCUUCCAUAUCUAGAAGAUUAUGAAGACAGAUGUAGCAUUACUGAGAUCCUUGACAUUUUUAAAUUUGAUGGUUCUACUUCCAAUUAUACCACUGAUGUUCUGACUUGUAUGAGAAACUUGAUGAGUUCAGUGGUUGGGGAAUGGUGGGGAGUGGGUAGCUUGUAGUAGCUUUAGCUCGAGAAUACAUAAGUUAUUACAUAUUCCAAGCCUUUGUCCAUGUACCAAUGUUGUUGUACUGCUUUGUAGCCGGAAGCUCUGAUGUAUUAGUAAUGUCAGAAUGUCAGAUGAGUUAUGGGUCUUUCAAGGAAUUCUAUUCGAUGUAUUAGCAAACCACAUGCAAUUUCU